CCCGACACUUGAGCGACCGACAUUUGAGCUGUUUGUUCUCAUCCAACAGCAAAUCUUGUUUAGCCAAUAAUUGUUGCAAUAAGAACAUAAUUUCGUUUGGCUUUUCGAUGACUACUUGUCCGUGUCUAUUCCCAUCUUCAUCAUCCAUUUCUAAGUGUUUUUGUUGUUCAACGUAGGUUGGGGACGGUUCUCGUCUGGAGUUGCGAUCAGAAUCAGUUAACGAUAAAAAAAUCAGCAACUAUAUAUGGGUUUAUGAACAAUGCAUUAGAUAUGGUGAUGUUCAAGUUAAAGGAAAAUCCAUGAUUGAAAAGAAAGGAAAGGAACAGAAUAGAGAAAGUUACAUAUCGGGAGAAUCUCAGAACAUAGAGUAUAACGCACAAACGUAUAUAUAUGUAUUUUAUAAGAAGAAUAGGAGAAGUGAUGAUAUGAUCUAACCGAAGGUGAAGAUCAUAACACUUCUGAUCGCUUGCGCGACCGACAUUUGAUCGCCCGACGCUUGAGCGAGCCCGGCUCAAAUGUCGUGUCGGUCGCUCAAAUGUCGGCGUGGCUCAAGUGUCGCGCGCUCAAAUGUCGGACGCUCAAAUGUCGUUCGCUCAAGUGUCGGGCGCUCAAGUGAUCAGAAGUGUUAUGAUCUUAACAUCGGUUAGAUCAUAUCAUCACUUCGCCACCCCGACAUUUGAGCGCCCGACACUUGAGCCACCCCGACAUUUGAGCGACCGACAUUUGAGCCGGGGUCGAUCAAUCGUCGGUCGCUCAAGUGAUCAGAAGUGUUAUGAUCUUCACCUUCGGUUAGAUCAUAUCAUCACUUCUUAUAAAAUACAUAUAUAUACGUUUGUGCGUUAUUCUCUAUGUCCUGAGAUUUUCCCCAUAUGUAACUUUCUCUAUUCUGUUUCUUUCCUUUCUUUUCAAUCAUGGAUUUUCGCCCUAUUCUGUCGGGGGAAUGUCCUUUAACUCCGACAUUACCAUACCUAAUGCAUUGUUCAUAAACCGAUAUAUAGUUGCUGAUUUUUUUAUCGUUAACUGAUUCUGACCGCAACACCAGACGAGAACCGUCCCCAACCUACGUUGAACAACAAAAACACUUAGAAAUGGAUUAUCAAGAUGGGAAUAGACAAGGACAAGUAGUCAUCCAAAAGCCAAACGAAAUUAUGUUCUUAUUGCAACAAUUAUUGGCUAAACAAGAUUUGCUGUUGGAUGAGAACAAACAGCUCAAAUGUCGGUCGCUCAAGUGUCGGGUGCUCAA